AUGUCAUUCUCACAAACUAACAAUACUACUAGUUUUACUCAAUUGUCAGCAAGUCAUGAAAAUCUCCCAAGUCGACGUGUUUCAGAUAACUUUUCAUCAUCGCGUUCUUAUGCACCUGAAUAUCAUACACAGACUACUUAUACUAGUCAACGUCGUCUAUGUGAACAUUUACGCGAAGAAGCCAAACGUGAACGUGUAAAAGUAUCAAUUGUUUGUAAAGAUCUUGUUCGUUAUGUAACGGAUCAUCAAUCAAAUGAUGCACUUGUCAUUGGAUUUCAAUCACCAAAAGACAAUCCAUUUCGAGAUAAACAAAAAUGUUCUUUAUUAUAA